AUGGAUAUCACUACUUGUACUAUUUUUGUUAUUUUUGUUUUGAUAAUAUUUAUCUUGUGUGGAAUAUUUUACAAUUAUUAUGUAAAACAAAAUGAAUCGACGCUGCUAACUUUAGUUGUUUUUAUUUUAUCCCUAAGUACGACCUUUACUUUGGUUUUGUUCAUACCAAUAGAUAUAUAUCUAGUAUCAAAUGGGAACCUAGAGAUAUCGAAUUUAGAGAUAAGUCAGAAACUUAUAUCCCGAUUUUAUAAGUCUAUGUUUUGGACACUAAUAUUUGAAGCAUAUAUUUUAGUUCCGUUUUCCUAUUUUUAUCUUAAAAAUCAAAAAUCAUAUAAGAAUGAAUUUGAUGAUAGUUUAGAAGCUUGCGAAAAUGUGAUCGAAUCCUUAAAGAAAACAAUAUAUUUUAUAUUUUUUUUAGUUGCACUUUCAAUAAUUGGUCUAAUUUAUCGACCUGGACAUAAAAUUUCAAUGGAAAAAGGGAAAGAAUUGGAUUAUAUUUCUGAUCUAUUUGAUGUAAAACAUACUGGAGAAUCUGCUAUUCUGUUUUUGAUGGGAUGUGUUGUCUUUAUAGGCGUAUCGUUUUGGGUUUCAUACACAAGUUAUGGAUUGGCUUGUUUACCUAUCGAACUAUUGAAACAAAAGGAUAUCGAAUAUGACAAAAAAGAAAUCGAGCAUCGUUUUGAAAAUUUAAAGGAGAAAGAAGCCCUGAUCAAAAAAAAAUAUAAUACACCAAAUGAAAUAAAGGAGGAUGAUAAACUCGAAAUUGUAAAAAUUAAUAACAUGAAAAGAUUGCUGAGCAAGUAUAAUUACAAACUCCAGGAAAUUGAAAAAACAUCAGAGUCUUGGGUGGCAUAUAUAUUAGGAAUAGCAUUUACAUUUAGAGUUUUAACGGGGCUAAUAUUUUUGGCGUUCUCAUCGAUUAUAUAUCUGUCCCUUUUGGCGUCCAUAACGGAUAAAUACUUUAACUCCAUUUGCGCUUACAAGUGUGGAUUCGUUUUGGACCAAAUAAAUACACUGUAUAACAUGGUUGAUUCGUCCUUGAUGUUUUUUUCAAAGUAUUUUCCUUUGGAUAUUUUGGUCAUAGCAAGUUUGGCUUUGUACAUUUUUUGUUGCUCUGUAUAUGGAAUUGUAAAUGUGGGAAUUCGCAUUUUUUUUAUUCCACUAUACAAGCUAAAAGCUAAAAAAACAUCUCCCGAGACAAUGUUAGUUUUUUGUUUUGUCAUGAUCCACAUUAUUUUAGUAUUAGUAAUGAGUCUCCUAACGAUUGCACCGAAUUAUGUAACAUAUGGAGUACAAAAGAUAAAGAUAAAUGACGAAAUAGGAUACAUUAAAUGCUCUUUAAAAACAGACAAGCACAUUUGUAAAAUGUCAGUUCUGUCUGUAUUUUUUAACAAGAUUUUUUUCGGUAUCCCAUACUUUGCAAACAGUUACUUUUUUUCUAACUGGUUCUUUAUACUGAUGUACACGCUUUCCCUUUUGUAUACGAUAUUUUUUAAAAAGCUGAGUUACCUAGACCGAUUGAAAGACCUUGAAUUGAAUUCUGAGAGUUUGGACGAACAAAUGAAUUUACUACCUUUAGAGAAGUUGACAUAG